AGGUUUGAGCCAGCCCGAGAGCUGUCGCUCCGCCCUGACCACGGAUUGGCCCCGGCGCGGGGCGGCGUGGACUCCGGCAACCAUUGUGGAGGCGGGGGCGGAUGACGUCACCGCCCGUGUGGCGCCGGCCCCGCAUUGGUCCAGAACCGGCCGGAUUGCCCCACCCCUCGGCGGCAAGGGCACCGCCGAGGCCGACUCGGCUGCCCCGCCCCCCCGGCCCAGGAUUGGCCUGCGACGGGACCCGUCGGUCGCGGUGGCGUCUGGGAAGGAGAGAAAAUGGCGACAGAGCCGAGCAAGACCGAGAUCCAGACCCUCUUUAAGAGGCUUCGCGCGAUUCCAACCAACAAAGCCUGCUUUGACUGCGGCGCCAAGAAUCCGAGCUGGGCCAGCAUCACAUACGGUGUUUUCUUGUGUAUUGACUGCUCGGGUGUGCACCGCUCCCUGGGCGUCCAUCUCAGCUUCAUCAGGUCCACAGAGUUGGAUUCCAACUGGAACUGGUUCCAGCUGAGGUGUAUGCAGGUCGGCGGGAAUGCCAAUGCGACGGCUUUCUUUCGCCAACACGGAUGCACAACCAAUGAUGCCAACACCAAAUAUAACAGCCGGGCUGCCCAGAUGUACAGGGAAAAGAUCCGGCAGCAGGGGAGUGCCGCCUUGGCUAGGCAUGGCACCGAUCUUUGGAUAGACAGUAUGAAUAGUGGCCCUGGUCAUUCCCCGGAGAAGAAGGACUCUGACUUCUUCAUGGAACACACUCAACCCCCUGCCUGGAGUGCACCAGCCACUGACCCAGCAGAGAACCAGCAGCCUGGCCCGUGUGCGGAGAGCAGUAGCUUUGCACAGCCGGAGCACGGCCCCAACACGGACCUGCUUGGCACCUCACCUCAAGCUUCUCUGGAACUGAAAACCUCCCUCAUCGGCAAGAAGAAGCCAGGAGCAGCUAAGAAAGGGUUGGGUGCCAAGAAAGGCCUAGGGGCCCAGAAGGUGAGCAGCCAGAGUUUCAGCGAGAUUGAGCGGCAGGCCCAGGUAGCAGAGAAGCUCCGUGAGCAGCAGGCAGCUGAUGCCAAGAAGCAGGCAGAAGAGUCCAUGGUUGCCUCCAUGCGCCUGGCCUACCAGGAGCUCCAGAUCGACCGGAAGAAGGAGGAGAAGAAGCUACAGAACCUAGAGGGGAAAAAGCGAGAGCAGGCAGAGAGGCUGGGCAUGGGCUUGGUGUCCCGAAGCUCUGUCUCCCACUCUGUGCUGGCCGAGAUGCAAGUGAUCGAGCAGGAAACACCAGCGAGUGCGAAAUCCUCCCGCUCACAGCUCGACUUGUUUGACGAUGUUGGUACUUUCGCCUCUGGGCCCCCAAAGUACAAGGACAACCCCUUCUCCCUGGGGGACAGCUUUGGUUCCCACUGGGAUACCGAUGCCACCUGGGGCAUGGACAGGAUGGAGGAUAAGGAGCCCGAAGUGACCAUCUCCAGCAUCCGGCCCAUCUCUGAGAGAGUCACACACCGGAGAGAGGUGGAGAGCCGGAGCCCAGCUCUCGAGUCCAGUGAGGCACGCCAGAAAUUUGCAGGCGCCAAAGCCAUCUCAUCUGACAUGUUCUUUGGGAGGGACGCAGAUACGGAGUAUGAAGCCAGAUCUCGGCUACAGCAGCUCUCCGGCAGCAGUGCCAUCAGCUCCUCAGACCUCUUUGGGGACAUGGAUGGAGCUCACGGAACAGGAAGCGUAUCUCUGGGGAAUGUGCUCCCCACGGCUGACAUUGCCCAGUUCAAGCAGGGAGUCAAGUCCGUGGCUGGGAAGAUGGCUGUGUUGGCCAACGGGGUGAUGAAUUCUUUGCAGGAUCGCUAUGGUUCCUACUGAUGAAGCUCCGAGGCUCAGGCACGUGGCGGGGAAGGCAGAAAGAACCCCAUGAGCCGUGGCCAGGGACCUUGCCUUGUGGAAGCUGGGAGGAACUGUUACUGUGUGUGGUGGGCGAGGGGGGUGUCCUGUGAGGAUCUGGAGUGGGGAUGGGCGGGACCAGCACUUUCCUCUGCCUAUAGAUGGAGCCCUUGAUUCUCCUCCCUGCACCCCGCUCCACCUCCACUCCCUGCAUUCUGGAUUAUUGUCCUCCGGUCCUGCCCCCAGAGCUGCUGCUCACUUGUCCUGCCACUGGGGUGUGAUGGGCAUUCCUUCACCACAGCUGAUUCGGGGUCCGGCCCUUCCUUAAGCAGGGAAUGUAAAACGUGUAAGGCUCUGGGAUCCUUCCAGGGGGGCCGGGGGCUUGGCCCCAUCCUCUGGAGCCAGUGGGGAGGUCUAGAAAGAGUUGCGCUGGGGUCCAGCCCCCGAGUCGGGGAGGGCUCUGCUGCUGCUGCUGCUGCUGCUGCUGCUGCUCCCGCUCCUGUGGCCUGUCGUGGCUCCAGAGGAGGGCAGGGGAGGGGACGGACCUUCAUCUGGGUCUUCCUAAGGGCUAGAAACUUCACCUGGUACCUAAAGUUGUUUCAUUUGUGAUCAGACCGGAGGCCCGAGUGAUCUUCCCCUGCCUCAGCGCCCCUGUUUGCAGUGAACACUUGGAGGAGAACAUCUCCUCCGGGGCGUCUCAGGCCUUCCAUGCCAUCCACUGUGGCCCCAGCGCCUGCUGUCCCUUCUCCCCUGCUGGCCGCCAUGGCGGGUCUCUGGCCUGUGCCCUGCUCUGGGCGCUGUGUCAUGCUGGCCAAGGACAGGACAGGAUAGGAGGGACAGAAGCAGGCUCCGGAGGCAACUUUCAUCAUCUUGGGUGUAGGGGGCCAGGACGGUGCCCCGCUCGUGAGAGCGAGGGCCACGCACUGUGCCAUCUUGCCCUGCCCAGCUGGCAGUCUGGCCCACCUAUGGCUGUGGGUGGGCUCCCAAGCAACACAAACCACUCUCCCCACACUCCCCUUCCCCAAAGGGACAUGACUUUCUUUCCGGACUGUUUGUAUUGAAACAAAGUGGUAUCAAAUAAAGCCCCGCCAGGGCGUGGGGCCCUGCUGGUCUGAAUGA